AUGCCCAGCCUCACCCUACCCUACGUACCACAUUAUGUUGCCGCACCUCCUAGCAAGGAAACUUUGGAGUAUGCCGACCUUGGUAUCAUUGACAUUUCGAAAGCCGACACUGAAGAAGGUCGAGCUGCGCUAGCGAUCGAAGUAAGGGAGGCUCUCCUCAACCACGGUUUCUUCUAUAUCGUGAAUCACGGGUAUUCGCAAGACCAGACGGAUCGCAUAUUUGACAUCGCAGACCUACCCUUCUCGGCGGUCAGUGACAGCGAAAAGCAAAUUUAUGCUGGAACAAUGAAACAAAGCGGGUCAUACCAAGGAUAUAAGUUGCGACAGUACUGGCAUAUUGGUGCUGGGAUCCGUGACCAGCUUGAGCAUUAUAACAUCAAUCGUGAUGUGACCAAACGAGGACAUCCGGAGACCCUCCGUCCUCUUCUCCCAGAAAUAGAGGAGUUUAGCAAACACAAUCAUUUCAACGUGCUUAUUGCACGCAGCCUCGAGCUACCCGAAGACACGCUAGUCAACAUUCAUGACUAUGACGCCGUUGGCGAGACGUUCAUGAAGUAUUACCCACGGACAGAGGAAGAAGAAACCAAAACAAGGAAUGUUUGGCUGAAGGGACACACAGACUUUGGAAGCAUUACGAUUCUGUGGAGUCAGCCCGUCGCUGGACUCCAAAUUAUGACCCCUGGAGGCGAAUGGCGCUGGGUCCGUCAUAUCGAAAAUGCACUUGUCGUCAAUGCAGGUGAUGCGUUGGACUUCCUUACCGGCGGGUAUUACAAGGGCACAAUCCAUCGUGUUGUAAAGCCUCCAGAGGAUCAGGAGAACUACCCUCGCCUCGGAGUCUUUUACUUCGUUAUGCCUAACGACGAUGUCAAGUUGGUGCCGAUGGCAGAAAGUCCAGUCCUGCAGAGAGUUGGAAUUCAGAGGCGUUGCGUCGAUAGCGAGGCACCAAUGAUGGAACAAUGGAGGAAAGCGAGGACAUCUGCCUAUGGCCAAUCAGAACUGGAGAAUGGCAAGGAGAAAGGCGUGGAACAAGAAGUUCUCAAUGGAGUGUUAGUUAAGCACUACAACUGA